AUGUCUACCAUCACUCCUGCUGAUUCUUUCCAGCCCUUCGAAUCACCUUCUGGAUCCCCUCUGACACACUCACCUGCUGAUUCAACCCCACCCAUCAAUACAGUGCCAUACGACUCAUACAUCCCCCAUCCAGAUGAGCUUCAUCCUCCAAGCGGAGUGAAAAUCCAUGGAUAUUAUGUAGUUACUGUAGGGCAAGAGGUUGGCAUCUUCUUCAACUGGCUUGAUGCGAAGGCUCGUGUUGAUGGCAUCAAGGGUGCCACUCACAUGUGUUGUGAACACUGGCCUGAUGCACUGGCCUUGUACACUAAGCACUACUGUCAGGGUGCUGUACGUGCAGUACCUACAGUUGGAGGACCUUUCUGCUCUUCCAGUCCCUCCCAAAUGCCAUCUAGUCCAACACUUACCACAUCAUCCUCCGGCUCUGAUGAGCUCUGGUCUUAUUUUGAUGAUCUGUCCCAAGAACUGAGCAACGGCUAG